GGGAGUAAUUGAGCGGGAGAAGAUGCUAGAACUUAAUGAUGCAAAGGAGGCAAAGAAAAUUGUUGAUAAUGCAUUACUUAUCGCAAAUGAAGAUUAUGACGGGAGAGAAGAAUCAGAUGACGAGCCAAAUGCAAAUAUUGUUUUAGGAGAUGAUGAGAAUGAUUAUAAGAAGAUAUUCGAGGAUAAAAAAUUUUUCUUUUGUAAAAUCGUUAUUUAA